UGUAUUUGCAGAUGAAUGAAGGGGUGGAUGUCACGACUGGAUGAGCAAGGCAAGUGGAGGAAACACUGGUUUGUCCUGACACACACGUGGCUGAGGUACUUCAGGGACGCCGAUGCUGAGGAGUCAGAUGAUCCGGAGGGAGAGAUUGACCUGACUUCCUGUGUGACGGUGUCAGACUGUGAUGUAGAGAAGAACUACGGACUACAGAUCCAUACAAAGAGGACAGUGUUCACUCUUUCUGCAAUGACCUCUAGAAUUCGGCGGAACUGGGUGAAGUUACUUCAACAGGCAAUCCGAGACAACACAUACCAAUCCGAGAGCAGCAGUGAGAAAGAGAACCCCCUCUCUCAGGGCUCGUCGCCAUGCCAACCACCUGCUGGCUUCACCUGCACCGACUCUGGCUCUGAACGCACAAGAGCUUCCGCAGCAGGUGCACGCUCCCACCAGGCCGAGAACCAAAGUGCAGACGCGGACCUGGACUUGUCUCCCUCCACUCAGCGAGAGGAAGGGGAGGGCUGGGACAGAGACCAGGCCAAGCGAUUGGAGGAGAGGAACAGGUGGUUUGAAGACGGUGUCGCCUUCAGUGAGAUGGGCAGCAGGUGGGACUCAAUGGAGCUGAAGAAGGGGAGUGUGCCUGUGCCUGUAAUCGAAACCAUGGACUCAGAGGUCACCAGGAAGUGGAAUGAAUUUGAGAGCCUGUCAUUUAGGGACGUGAGUGCACAGACUCUCAUUGGGGCUCAAACUUAUCAGUCAUGCGUGUCACAGGAAUCUUUCAUUAACUCAAGGCCUGAGGAGUUGGUUACAGGAGAAAAAACAAAUCAUGUGAGCUCAAAAGACACUCUUCCAUCUCUAAAGGGCUUUGAAACAGCCCAACCAAAUAAAGGUCUCCAGGAGGAGGGCCUUUCCCUUGGCGAGCAGCCCCAGAGCAUCAGAAGAGACGUGGUGACUGAGGUUGACAGCCCAUGUGGUCCAGGGGCCCCCUGCAGGGCCAAGUUGAAAGCGAUGGUUGAGGCGCAUCAGAAAGCAGUGAGGGAGCUCCAGGAUAAGCAUGCCCAGGAGAUCAAGGCGCUGGAGGAGGCCAGGGAUAAGAUGUUGCAGGAGGGCAGCCACGCUGCUGCCAAAGCUGUGGAGUCGCUGAAAGCAGCUCACAGAGCAGAGCUGGAGAGGGAGGUGGAGAAGGCCAGAAGGCUGGCUGGAGGGUCUGCACAUGUGGGAACUACAUACGCCAGUCACUGGCCACAUGCGGACCCCCUGCACAAAGAGUUAGACGGGCUGUCGGAACAAUACUCUCAGAAAUGCCUUGAGCUGAGCCGCACGGAGGAGAGCAGCAGAAGCAGAGGGAUGGAGCUUGGAAUGAAGGACAGAGAGCUGCAGCAGUUACGGCGAGAGAACCAGGAGCUGAAGACCAAGCUAGCGGAGGAAAUCACCCGCAUGCGAUAUUUCAUCACAGGGCAGAGGUCAGAGGUGGGCUCUCGAGGCAACACUCAUCGCUCUGCAGCCGACAUCGAGACUCUGAUACAAGUUAAAGAAAAUGAGGUGCAGUCUCUCAAGAGGGAGAUCAGCUGUUUACAGAGUGAAGUACAAUCCCUCACAAAGGACAAGGAAGCAGCAUAUGAGCGUUACAAGGAGGCUUACGUGGAGCUCAGUGACCAGAAAGGACGAAGCCGCUUGGAGUUGGACUCCCUCAAGCAACACUUGAGUCUGACCAACGCUGCACUGCAGGAGCAAACCAGACAUACCUGA